AAUCCGGGGGAACACAACGACAUCCUCUCCUCAUCGCCUUCUAGAAACAUCCCACGACGAGCCUCUCCUCUGAUCCUCUCCUCCCCCACUCCACCGCCACCGCCGCCGUCGCCGCUGCCGCCGCCGCCGCGCGAGGAGGACGGGCGGAUCUCCCAAUGAGGUGUGAGGCUUGUUGAUUGGGGAGCUGCUGGUUGUAGUUUGCAAUUGCAAAUGGUGGAUUCCUCGGAAGGGCUCCGACGGCUCGCCGCGUUGCUGUUCAAGUGCUGCAGCCUUGACAGCUCCAAUCGUCCCAACGGCCUGCAGGAUCCUGAACGGUUGGCGAGGGAAACAGUUUUUAACGUAAAUGAAAUAGAGGCGCUGUAUGAGCUGUUCAAGAAGAUUAGCAGUGCUGUGGUUGAUGAUGGCUUGAUCAAUAAGGAAGAAUUCCAACUGGCACUGUUUAAGACCAACAGAAAAGACAGCAUGUUUGCUGAUCGGGUAUUUGAUUUGUUUGACACGAAGCACAAUGGGAUUCUUGGAUUCGAAGAAUUUGCACGGGCUCUUUCUGUGUUUCAUCCCAAUGCUCCAAUUGAUGACAAAAUUGAUUUUGCUUUCAAACUUUAUGAUCUCAAACAACAAGGUUUCAUUGAGAAGCAAGAGGUGAAGCAAAUGGUGGUCGCCACACUUGCUGAAUCAGGAAUGAACCUUUCAGAUGAGAUUAUAGAAGGCAUUAUUGACAAGACAUUUGAGGAAGCAGAUACAAAGCAUGAUGGGAAAAUUGACAAGGAGGAGUGGCGCAACCUUGUGUUGAGGCAUCCAUCUUUAUUAAAGAAUAUGACACUCCCAUAUCUCAGGGAUAUAACUACAACAUUUCCAAGUUUUGUAUUCAACUCCCAGGUUGAGGACGCAUGAGGUCAAGCUUCAGACCAUAUUCUAGGGUCCAGUUCGUUUUAUUUCAUUUUGUUGAUAUCUUUCUCGUGCUUGGAACAAACUUUUAUGAUUGCUCCGCUUCAAGAUGUGAAUCCGUAGCAAGGAUGAAGUUUUUACCAUUUUUUAUGUAUAUACUUGAAGAUGGCCUUCAACUCUUCAUGUGUAGACUUGUAGGAUGAACCGUUUCUCGUGAUGUAGAAAUGUUCUUCAAUCCUAAGAUAAACGGUUGCCUCUACCGUCA